ACCGAGCUCAAGACCACUGAGCCGUUUAUUGGGUUGAGUCGCUGCAGACUGACCGAGCAGCAGUGCAGUGCAGCCGGGCAGACGGUAGCCACGGAGCCGCUGUUCGAGCAAAUGAAGCCAACAUGUCUCCUCUAGUGAUUAUUCGCAACGUAUAAAGCUUGUCGGUGCUGAUUUUACCAAUUUUGUGACGGUACGCGUCGUCGCUUACCCGUUUAUCCUUCCCUCCCCCCUCUACCGCCUCUUGGAACAGCACCUCCCGGAGGCUGAAUGGAAGCCGAGGGAGCGGUCGGGCUGUCGGAGGCCAGGGACGGCAGCCCUCUUUCCGGGGCCGCAUCAUCUGAUGAUGCUGACACGGUCGUCGGGGUUAGCUACGGAAUGGAUGCCGGAGACAUGGAUGCGGCUGCGAGGAAAGCUUUCAUCACGGAGAUGCCGUCUUCCUCAGGCCUUCCCGGUCAGGGGAAGAAAAUCGGCCACAGAGGGGUGGAUGCUUCCGGUGAAACCACUUACAAAAAGACCACAUCGUCUGCCCUGAAAGGAGCCAUCCAACUCGGCAUCGGUUACACGGUGGGCAACCUGAGCUCCAAGCCUGAGAGGGAUGUGUUGAUGCAGGACUUCUACGUGGUGGAGAGCAUCUUCUUCCCCAGCGAAGGGAGCAACCUCACUCCUGCCCAUCACUUCCCAGACUUUCGCUUCAAAACCUACGCGCCUGUGGCCUUUCGCUACUUCCGAGAACUGUUUGGCAUCAGGCCGGAUGACUACUUGUACUCCCUGUGUAACGAGCCACUGAUCGAGCUGUCCAAUCCCGGCGCGAGCGGCUCUGUCUUCUAUCUCACCAAGGACGACGAGUUCAUCAUCAAGACGGUCAUGCACAAGGAGGCGGAGUUCCUCCAGAAGCUGCUGCCGGGCUACUACAUGAACUUGAAUCAAAACCCUCGCACUCUGCUGCCCAAAUUCUUCGGCCUCUACUGCGUCCAGUCGGGCGGCAAGAACAUCCGCGUGGUGGUGAUGAACAACGUGCUGCCCCGCGUCGUGCGCAUGCAUCUCAAAUACGACCUGAAGGGCUCCACCUACAAGAGGCGAGCGUCCAAGAAAGAACGCGAGAAGGCCCGGCCCACGUUCAAAGACCUGGACUUCAUGCAGGACCUGCAGGACGGACUCAUGCUGGACCAGGACACGUACAACGCGCUGGUCAAGACGCUGCAGAGGGACUGUUUGGUGCUGGAAAGCUUCAAGAUCAUGGACUACAGCCUCUUGCUGGGAGUUCACAACAUGGACCAGGCGGAGCGGGAGCGGCAGAUGGAAGGCUCCCAAGGCGACAGCGACGAGAAACGGCCCCUGGCCCAGCAGAAGGCGCUCUAUUCUACCGCCAUGGAGUCCAUCCAAGGCGGGGCCGCCUGCGGGGGGUCCAUUGACACCGAAGACACGAUGGGUGGCAUCCCCGCCGUCAACGGGAAGGGGGAACGACUUCUGCUCUACAUUGGCAUCAUUGACAUCUUGCAGUCGUACAGGUUAAUCAAGAAACUGGAGCACACGUGGAAGGCUUUGGUGCACGACGGGGACACUGUUUCGGUCCACCGGCCUGGAUUCUACGCCGACAGGUUCUUCAAGUUCAUGAGCAGCACCGUUUUCAGAAAGAGCUCCUCUCUGAAGUCAUCUCCGUCCAAGAAGGGCCGCGUGUCACUUACGGUGCCAAAGUGUGGCGGUCCCGGCGCGGCCUGGUCUGCCAGCCAGCUGCCCUCCGAGAGAGACGAGAACAUCUAUGACCUGAGAGGCGCUCGCAGUUUCCCAACGCUGGAAGACGAAGGACGAGCUGAUCUUCCCUGCACGCCUCCAUCGUUUGAGGAGGCCACCACGGCGUCCAUCGCCACCACCCUCUCCUCCACCACCUCUCUGUCCAUCCCUGAAAGAUCUCCCUGUGACACCGCCGAGCACCCGCGCUACAGGAGGCACACUCAGUCUCUCAGCCACGAUGGAAGGACCCAGGAGGAGCUGCGUGUGCGCGAGGAGGACCAGCAGACCAUCACAGUGGAGGUGGAAUUAAAGAGACACGACAGUGAGCCCACCAUCUCCAUUCCGCAGCCUUCGCCUGAAACCAGCAGCGAGGCUCAAGAGGCUGCCGCUGCACCUUCCACUUCUUCUCCAGCCCCCGAAGCCUCCUCCUCGCCCGCCGCCGUCGCACCUGUUUCUGCCGAGGCAUCCGGGGCCACUCCGUCCAGUCCGAAGCCGGUGGCGGCGGCGGCGGCGGAAACAGCAAGCCACGCGUCGGGCUCGGGGUGCACCAGCCAGGCUUCGGUGGAUGACGAGGACGACGUCCCGGUCACGGACAUCUACUUUCCUCCAGAGGACAAGACCUGGGUUUACUCUCCGCUACACUAUGGCUCAGAGUCUAAGGCCCUGCCAGAUGGGGAUUGGGAAAGAGAGACAUAAACCCCGUCUUGUGACUGAAAGGCAUGAAGUGGAUCGUCCGGACAAAGCCCAAAACCUCCUUCCUCAACGGUCGAAUUGCAAUCUUUUUGUCUCAAGAGGAGAGAGAACUCAACAGACUGGCGUAGCAGAGAGAGGUCCCCGCCAUUUACAUAUGAUACGUGUGUUUCCGUGUGGCAUAGUACAAGUAUGCUCGUGCGUUAUAUGUUUUUGACGUGACACACACACACAUGUCUUAUUCCACAGAAACAUCUCAUGGGCUCGUCUUCAGUUGCCCCGAGGUGGCUACGUGGUUGCCAUUGUCGAUUGUGUAUAAAAGACAUGCCAUUAGCCUUUUAUAUGGUCACAUAGUGAUCCUCUAGGUCAGGCGUCACCAACUCUGGUACUCGAUGGCCCCUAUGUUGUAUGUUUUAAAUGUUUCCCUCCUCCGAAAUACCCGAGUCUAAUGAUCAGCUCAUUAGAAGCCUGAUAACAAUCCGGAUCGUCUGAAUCAGGUGCGAUGGAGAGGGUAAAUAUCUACCCUAAAUAAAGUCAGGGAGGAAUAAAAAAAAUUAAUAAUAAUGAUCUUCAUCAGUUUUCUUCAGCGACAUGAAAUUGGUUGGACAUGUCACUCAACAACAGGACAAACCAAAAAGUCUCAAGGAUCCAUGUACAACAUUUUUCAGGCAGUCAGCAAUUUCUAACUCGGUAAUGCCCUUGGAAAGGUUAGGGGGGGAAAAAAAUAAUCAUUAUCAUAAAACAACCCCCGACACUACUUUCAUCAGUUGACACUACAUUGGUUGGACAUGUCUGUCAUAACAGAACACAGAAAAAGGUCUCAAGGACCCAUGCCCAAAUUGAAUAGAAAGUCUGCCAUUUUGGUUUGAUGCAGACAGUUUGUGUCAACUCCGCAGCUCAUAUUUGGACAAAUUCUUCCUCUGGAAUUUGCCCAAAGGAGCCCCAAUUGGAAGCUUCUUUUCAUAAGACAAAUAGGCGAUGCAAAAUGACAACGCUUUUUGCAUAUGCUCUCCACUAUGGGGUGAUUCUGGUGUCAAAAUUUUGAUGAGCAUUUUGACUAUUUUCCAUCAUAAAGGGGUUUUUCGCAGCUUGAAGUGUUGUUAUUGCCAACAAAUUGGAUACUCUUCAUGUUCAGUAUUCUCCAUUGACAUCGUCCAUGCUGAGUGACUCAUUUUACUUUAUUUUAGUUUGAUUUGCCAGUGCAGUACCUGACAGCAAAUACUCAAAUGUUACUAAGAACUGUAGCAUGAAUAAAAUUGAUUGAGACUUAUUUAAAAAAAAAAAAAAAGUUUUAUGAUGGUGAGAGUUUGACUUGGAAACAGAUUAUUUCAUUAUUUCCAGUAGGAAAAUCGAUAGAAAGAUUGUGAUAAAUAUCGGUGGUUUGGUUGUAUUUUAACGGACCCUCACAAAUGUUCACCUGUCAUUUAUUUUUGUUAUGUUUUUAUGUGCAACAGACGCCCACGCAUUGCUCGCGAUGUCUAUUCAAUCUACCGUCAUCACAGAUGCAAAGCAUAGCAGCAAUAUUUUGUGCAGUCCUCGCCUCCUUUUCCUUUCAGAUUGCCUUAUUAGAUGAUUUUGAUCUUGGAUCUUUCACUCACGAUGUCCUAUUUAUUUUUCUUUUCCCAUCAUUGUGCUCCUGAGAACGUGUACAUAAUUUUAAAAAAAAGAAAAAAUAUAUAUAUAGAGAGAAAGAUAUACAGAUAUAUUUUCCAUCGGAAAUGGAGAAUGUUAUUUUUCUUUGGUUUUAUUUUUGCUGCUUGGCCGAGAGACGAUUGCAAUCUGUGUCGUUUGCUGAGUCAUGUUCUUCAAAACCGAGAAGGAGCUGCAUGCAGCUGUUGGGUGGAUUUUACUGUACAUGCAAACCAGUAGGGAUUCUUCCAACUUGUUCAACAUGUGUUUUGUGUGUGUGUUGUGUGUGUGUCAUCCAAUAGGAAGAGUCCUUUACAGAGACAGCAUGGU